AUGCGCUCUCCCUCUAUCAACUCUCAGAUCUUUCGUUGUACAAUAUCUAUUCCCCGGAAGGCUUUCCCGCAACCUGAUAUUUUCUUCUCCCUGAAACGAAUUCACACCCAGCACUUUCAGCCCUUUGUCCCUCCUCCUCCAAGCACACUUUCCAAACCUGGCAUCGUGAGAACAUACCCUCGCACCCGAAAAUGGUUGCGCCGGCUCUUCUACGUCUCCCUCGGUGGGGGUGUUGUCUACGGGAUUGACAGACGGUUCUACGCCUCUUCCUUAACUCGCACCACCUGGACAUUUGCACUUGGCAUGCUUGUUGCCCUUGACUACAAGAUCAACUUUCGCCCCAACCCGCCUUUCGCUGAGUCUAUAGCUGCCGUACAUGCCAGAAACACUGAUCGAUUAUCCUCCUUGCUCCGCACCAACGGUGGCCUGUAUUUGAAAAUUGGGCAGGCCAUUGCUAUGCAGUCUGCCAUCCUGCCGCCCGAGUUCCAGAGAAUGUUUGCUCGCAUGUUCGAUGACGCUCCACAAAAUGACUGGAAGGACGUCGCUCGCGUGAUAGAGGAGGACUUUGGCCGCCCUGUCGACGAGGUCUUCGGCAUAUCCUUUGAUGGAAACUUAGAAAGUGGCAGUGGCGUAAUGGAGCGAAAUGCAAGGGCGAGUGCGAGCGUCGCUCAGGUGCACUGGGCAAGGUUGCCAGACGGAAGAGAGGUUGCUAUAAAAGUCCAAAAGAAAGAAAUUGCUCAGCAGGUGAAGUGGGAUUUAUGGGCUUUCAACCGAGUUUUUGACAUUCCUUUCUACAGCCUCAUUCCAUUCGUUAGCGAACGUUUGUACUUGGAAACAGAUUUUGAAAAUGAAGCCAAUAAUUCUGAGAGAAUGGCAAAGCUAGUCGCCGCUGAACCACGCCUCAGCCACCGGGUGUAUAUACCGAAAGUUUACCGUGAACUGAGCUCCAAACGGGUGAUGACUGCCGAAUGGAUUGAGGGUGUUAAGCUAUGGGACAAACAUGGAAUCACACGUCCGUGGCGAGGCGGAUGGCGGCAAGGUAGUCCGGGAUGCCAUGGAACCCCUCUUGACCCUUACCCCGGAGAAGGCUACUCAGCGCCUUCACGCGCCGCGGCUUCUCGUGACAGGUAUGAGAAUCAGCACGAAAAUAUUAAGCCAAACCGCGACCAUUGGAAGGGAAGAAAUGGUCAAGGGGGCCUCGGACUUUCGCUGAAAGAGGUCAUGACGACUAUGGUUGAUCUCUUUUCCGCUCAGAUCUUCCUUUGGGGUUGGCUACACUGUGACCCUCACCCUGGCAAUGUCCUAGUGCGCCGUCGCCCAUCUGGACAAGCUGAACUUGUCCUUAUUGAUCAUGGCCUCUAUAUUCAUAUGGAGCCCAAAUUCCGACACGAAUAUGCCCAGUUUUGGAAAGCUCUCCUCACUUUCGACAAUGCAACCUUACAUAAAAUAGUAAGAGGUUGGGGUGUUACCAACACCGACAUUUUUGCCUCCGCAACAUUGAUGCGACCAUAUCGUGGUGGCGAUCUUUCUACCUUUAAAGGUAUAGAGGGCCUCAGCAAAAAGGAAAAAGCCCACAGACAUUUUGAAAUGCAGCAAGCUAUGCGAAAGGCAGCACGAGGUGUCCUUGGUGACGAAACCAAGUGGCCUCGAGAGCUAAUUUUUAUUUCCCGCAAUUUCCGCAUUGUUCAAGCAAACAAUCAAUAUUUGGGUUCUCCAGUUAACCGCAUCAAGAUUACCGGUAUCUGGGCUUCCCGCGCCCUGGUAGAAGUCCCGGACCUUUCAUUAACCGAAAAGAUACGCAACUAUAGCCGUCAUCUCGUCUUCAAGCUCGUGCUCUUGAGCUCCGAUAUUUGGUUUUACGUGAGCAAGUUGAGGCAAUUUCUAGGCCGCGGAGGGGGCAUGGAAGACGAUAUAGAGGCACAAAUGCAAAAGAUGGCAAAGGAGAUGGGUGUAGAAUUGAAUCAAAACAUUUUUGAAGGCUAG